AAUUGGUCACAUUGGGUAUAAUAGGCUGAAGGAGCGCCGCGAUGCGUUCAGCGGACCAUUAUUGUGCUGUUGACACAAGCCUCCCACCGCGCGCACUUUAUCAAGCCGCCGUUUUAGCGGCUGAGGCAAACGAGCAUGUCGGCCUGGAGAGCUGUCGUCCUUUUGAGCCUGGCCGCCUCGUGCAACCGGGCGAACGAGUGUUCCUACUCGGAUCUGCUGGGGCACUUAAACCUGAGCUCCUCCAACGAAUACCUGGCCAACGUCAGGCCCGUCAAGGACUGGAGGCAGGUCACUUCCGUGAAGAUAAACAUGCUGCUGUACGGCAUCUUUCAGGUGGAUGAGAAGCUUCAAACCUUCAUGAGCCACGUGUGGAUUCAAAAGGUCUGGGAGAACGAUUUCCUCAAGUGGAAGCCGUCCGAUUUCUGCAACAUCACCGACUUCACUUUUCCCAGCUCCAAACUGUGGACACCUAACAUAAACAUCCAAGAGGAUGCCUCGGACAGCGGGAGCAUCCAGGAGAGUGCACAUGUAAGGGUGUUCUCCAACGGAAUGAUUCACAAGAGCACCCGUCAGCGGCUGACAUCCACGUGCAAGCUGGACCUUUGGAAUUUCCCCUUCGACCGGCAGAGCUGCAACAUCACCUUCUUCUCCAUGAUCAGUGACGAUCAUGCCGUACGAGUCGGGGCCUUUGGCGGCGAUGAAUUUCUCACAAACAUCUCGGAGCAGUCUAUGGUGACUCGUGGGGAGUGGAGCCUGAUGCACUUGGAAAUCGCUAACACGACCGAGAGAUGGGGGAAUUGGAGUUUGCUGGUUUACCAGGUGAAAAUCGUGCGGAAGCCAAUGCUGUAUGUCAUCAACUUCAUCAUUCCGCUCUUCUACCUGCUGGUGUUGGACGUGGCGUCCUUCUUCAUCAGCGAAGCCCGGGGCGAGAAGUUGAGCUUCAAGAUCACUGUCCUGCUGUCCAUCUCCGUCUUGCUGCUCAUCCUCAAGGACCUGCUGCCCUCCACUGAGGACACCCUGCCCAUCAUAGCAAACUUCUGCGUGGGUGUGUUCGCCCUGGUGGGCCUCAGCGUGCUGGAGGCCAUGGUGGUCAGUUUCAUCAUCGACCUGGAUGAUAAGUUCCCCAAGAAGUCGACAAGGGUGUCCAACAGGGAAGUUCCCUCUGAGAAACGGGAGAAGAAAGAUCCUGUGAAAGUGGAAGGUUUGCCCAUCCAGACCAGACCUCCGUCACAGCGCGAGCAGCUGAGGCUGGUCUUGCAGGAGGUUCUCGUGGCUCAGCGGGAAGUGGCGAGUGCAGCCAACGCGCCUCGGCCCAAACGCUUCCGACGGGUUGCGGAAAUCAUCGACCUCAUCUUCUUUAUUUUUUAUUUUGUCACUGUUGGGAUUUUCCUGGCGGUGAUGUUUCACAUUUGGAUUCCACCAGACUUUUACAGUUAAAUUCAAGCUCACACAAUCAAAACACAUGAAAAUUCAUGAUUUGUUUGGAAAUGUAGCCAGAGAUCAUAUUUAUCAAUUUUCUGUGAUUACAAGACGCUGAUUAAGUUGGCAUGAUAACAAGAUGAUUCAACAAUUAAACUUGUAUUCAAGUGUGUGGUAGAUUGGAUCGAGCACUCAGUACUCGACUGUGUUGGUCUGUCGUGUGGUGAGGUCUGUGUGUCGUCGUGACGGAGCACCCAGUAAAGAUCGGCUCGUACUGCA